CUGCGGCGGCAGCGGCGGCGGCGGGCAUGGCAGAGGUGCAGUCCCAGCCCUCGAGGGGGCCGCAGCUCAACGCGCUACCGGACCACUCGCCGUUGGUGCAGCCGGGCCUGGCAGCGCUGCGGCGCCGGGCCCGGGAAGCUGGCGUCCCGCUGGCGCCGCUGCCGCUUACCGACUCCUUCCUGCUGCGGUUCCUGCGCGCCCGGGAUUUCGAUCUGGACCUGGCCUGGAGGUUACUACAAAACUAUUAUAAGUGGAGAGCAGAAUGUCCAGAAAUAAGUGCAGAUCUACACCCUAGAAGUAUUAUUGGCCUCCUAAAGGCUGGCUACCAUGCAGUUCUGAGAUCCAGGGAUCCCACCGGCAGCAAAGUUCUUAUUUACAGAAUCGCACACUGGGACCCCAAAGUUUUUACAGCUUAUGAUGUAUUUCGAGUAAGUCUAAUCACAUCCGAGCUUAUUGUACGGGAGGUAGAAACUCAGCGGAAUGGAAUCAAGGCUAUCUUUGAUCUGGAAGGCUGGCAGCUUUCUCAUGCUUUUCAAAUCACUCCAUCUGUAGCCAAGAAGAUUGCUGCUGUACUUACGGAUUCAUUUCCAUUGAAAGUUCGUGGCAUCCAUUUGAUAAAUGAACCAGUAAUUUUCCAUGCUGUCUUUUCUAUGAUCAAACCAUUCCUGACUGAAAAAAUUAAGGAACGGAUUCAUAUGCAUGGGAACAACUACAAACAAAGCUUGCUUCAGCAUUUCCCAGACAUUCUUCCUCUGGAAUAUGGUGGUGAAGAAUUCUCCAUGGAGGACAUUUGUCAGGAAUGGACAAAUUUUAUAAUGAAGUCUGAAGAUUAUCUCAGCAGCAUUUCUGAGAGCGUUCAAUGAGAAGUUACUUCAUGUGAAUGGCUUCCUAAUUAAAAACAUGAGUGAUAUUCAACCUGGUUAAAUGAAUGAAAGAAAAGGAGCAAAUCUUUUAAACUAAUGCUUGCCUGAUCUUUAAAAAUGUAGAAAUCUUCUGACAUGAGCCACACAAGUAUUUGGAAAGAUUUUUUACUUUUUAAAUGCUUUUUUCUCUACUUUUGAAGUAAUUAAAUGGCAGUACAUUUUAAGAACAUAAAAAUUGGCGAUUUUGUACUUGAAGAGAACAUGAAAGUUAUUACUAAAGUAGCCGUUCAUGUGCAUCUUUGUAUGUUUCUAGAAAAUUAUAUUUUAAACAAAUUCUCUGAUUAUGUUAGUUUAGAAAUAAAUUUAGAAAUAUUCCACGUAAAAAUAUUAGCACAAGUCAGCUGAUGAUAAAAAAUUAACACUUAUUUUAAGUGGGUGUCAGAUUAAAUUAUAAUUCACUAUAAUUAAAAUCUGAAUAGAGUUUUAUAGUUAUUCCUGUGGGCCAGCAAGACAUUUCAUCUCAGGGAAAUUUUAUUUUAGUAUAUUAACACGAUAGAAACUUUUUUUUUUUUUUUUUUUUUUUUCCAGACAGAGUCUUGCUGUGUACCCCAGGCUGGAGUGCAGUGGUGUGAUCUCAGUUCACUGCAACCUCUGCUAGGAUUACAGGUGCACACCACCACUCCUGGCUAAGUUUUGUAUUUUUACAUAGAGAUGGGGUUUCGCCAUGUUGGUCAAGCUGGUCUCAAACUCCUGAACUCAAGUAAUUUGCCUGCUUCGGCCUCCCAGAGUACUGGGAUUACAGUCGUGAGCCGUUGUGCCUGGCCACAAUAGAAACUUUCAACUGAGGAGUCUAUAUGCUAUACUACUUUGUGUGGCAUCUUUAGGUUUCUAUGAAAUCAUUCAUGUUGAUGUCAUUGAUUAACAAAAAUAAUUUAGAAAAUACAUCAGGCACAGUUGAUGGCUUCUCGAUAUCUGUUUUGCAUUUUUAAACAAAUCAAAAAUGUAAUUUUACUUUUGCUUAUGGCUAUUCUUACGACUACACAGAAAGGGAUGGAUCAUAUUUAAUAGUCUUAUACAUGAACUAUUUUUAGUUAAAAAUAACAUAACUACACAAAGGAAAGGAACUGUUUAUAUUUUAAAAAAUUACUGUCAAUUACAUUUGGUAUUUUUCAGAUUAUGCAUAAAAUAAUACGAGUUUGACUAUUGUAUCAGAAUAUUUUAAUCAAAUCCUGCAAUUUAUAUUAACUUAAAAAAAACAUCUGGUAGAGGCUGGGCGUGGUGGCUCAAACCUGUAAUCCCAGCACUUUGGGAGGCCAAGGCAGGAUGAUUGCUUGAGCACAGGAGCUGUAGACCAGCCUGGGCAACACAGGAAAACCCUGUCUCUAUUUUAAAAAUAAAUGAAUAGCCAGUAAAGAUGUACUGUUAGUACUGCAGUUUAUAAUAUUUCAUUUAUUAAGAAAGAUAUCAUCUCAGCUUUCAUAUUCAACAUAGCUCUCAAUUUAUGACAUAAUUUUUAUACUUAGUAUUUUAUAAUUUCUUAAUUUUGUUAUAAACUUGAAAAUGAAAGAAUACGAGGUCUGAAAUCUGUUGAACGUUUGUUCAGCUAGUUAGGUUUCAACAUUAAUCAUAUACAUUAAUAGUAUCUUUAUGUAAGGAUAUGUGAAGGGUGUUUUUCUUUAUAAGAAAAUUAAUCAGGUGAGCUGAUACUUAUGAUUAUGCAUAUAUCUAUGAUAAAAUUGAAAGUAAUUGUGGAUGUUCUUUAGAGAACGUGUUUUGAUUUUGACUUAGCAUUGGGAAGCUAACAACAUUAUAAUGUUUAUUAAAAAACUAGACCCUGCCUAUUUUCUAAAAAACACUUUAAAUUCUUUUAAAAUAAAAGCAUACUAUUUAAAAUUGUAUAAUUAAAAAUAAUAAAUGAAUAAAAUCACUUAAAAAGAAUAAAGUGUGAAUAACAAAAGACCUCUGGCUUACCCAACUUUUGUUUCUGGAAGAUUUAUAUCACCAGUUCCACUUCAUUUAUUUUUGGCUAUUUCAAACACUUUCUUAUGACUCUGUGGAGGAGUGAUUAGUUUAGUACCCAAAUAAAGGAUAACAUUUUAAAAUGUCUUUUAAAUGUGAUUUUUUGGUGAUAGGAUCAAUAGUAAAUAGAAUUAAGAUAAGUCAAUCAAUCUAGGCAUAUUUUAUGAUGGAACUUUGUAAUGUUUAUAAAUGAAGAAAUUCACUGAAGAAUAUUAAAAGAAAAUUGAAAUGAAUGGGCAAACGAACAAAGUGUCAAAGCAAAUAAUUGUCUAAUUGUCCAUAUUACUUUAGUGAUUAUACCAGAAGUGCCUUUUAAAAGAUUAACUGUAUUGUGUGCUCAUUGUGUUAACUGCACAGUAAUUUAUUUGUUUUAAUAUUGUUUGAAAGAAAAUAAACAUCUUUCACAUAAA